UCCAAUUAUAAAUAAAAUGUAUGCGCUUAAGUACAGUCACUUGAGUUGAUUAGAAGUGAAUUUCCUUUCUCUGCCAUUUUCCCCCUACUUUAGGCCAAGUAAAACGGCACGGAGAACCUCGGUGAUCGUUUAGUGAGGUCUGUUAGGAAGGAAAAUGGCAGCCUCUUUUUACAUUUUCUUAUUUCCCUUUGACUGCUCUGCUGCAUCACAUUUUAAUGACUAGCUAAUAGCUACAACAACAUGUAUCAUCCUAGCUAGAUAUAAUGUAGCAAAAUAAUCUCUUGUCAAUGUCCAGCUAAACUGUAACGGCUAACGGUUCAAUCGUAGAUUGGUCGUUGAUGCUAACCAAAACAAUAUCAGGCAGUCACCUCUGCCAACUAUUAGCGAAGAAGAAGUCGGUGCUCCUUUCUCUGUUGUCCCCCAUAGCUGUGCCAUGUAGAAGGCAGUGAUUCGCCCUUAAACUUUUGCAAAUGAAAAUGGAGGAUAUGUCUCUGUCGGGCCUGGACAACACCAAGCUAGAGGCCUUGGCUCAGGACAUCUACUCGGACCUGGUGGAGGACGCCUGUUUGGGCCUGUGUUUCGAGGUGCAUCGUGCUGUCAAACAGGGCUACUUCUUCCUGGAUGACACGGACCAAGAAAGCAUGAAGGACUUCGAAAUCGUUGACCAACCAGGAGUGGACAUUUUCGGGCAAGUGUACAAUCAGUGGAAAAACAAGGAAUGUGUGUGUCCGAACUGCAACCGGAGCAUUGCUGCGUCCCGCUUUGCCCCUCAUCUGGAGAAAUGCUUGGGCAUGGGGCGCAACAGCAGCCGCAUCGCCAACCGCAGAAUAGCAAGCAGUAACAACAUGAACAACAAAUCAGAGAGUGAUCAGGAAGACAAUGAUGACGUCAAUGACAAUGACUGGUCGUAUGGCUCAGAAAAAAAAGCUAAGAAGAGAAAGUCAGAUAAGGUAUUUUUACAUUCUUUGAAACAACAUGUACCUUUGAAUCCAAAUUCACCCAGAAGAUCAAAAUCUGUAAAGCAUAAAAAUGGGGAGCUUAGUAAUAGUGUCAAUGCAGAUCCAUACAAGUACAACUAUAACACUGGCAUCAAUUACGAAACUUUAGGCCCUGACGAACUGAGGUCUCUGUUGACAACACAAUGUGGAGUGAUCUCGGAGCACACCAAGAAGAUGUGCACCAGGUCCCAGCGGUGCCCCCAGCACACGGACGAACAGAGGAGGGCCGUCAGGGUGUUCCUCCUGGGGCCGUCCGCGUCGUCUCUGCCCGAUGCAGACACGAUGGUGGAGAGUGACUGCUACGACGCCUCAGACGGACAGGUUCUCAUGAGUCGCCUACAGUGGGACGGAUCCUCAGACAUCUCCCCCUCCGAUUCAGCCUCCUCCAAAGCCAGCACCAACAACUCAGACUCUAAGAAGCCCAAGAAGAAGAAGACGUCUCUUGGCCUAAAUAGCACAGGAGGAGGAGGAGGGGGCGGCAGUGGGAGUGGAGGGGGCAGUAGCUCCCAGAGUAGUCUAGUAGGCCUAUCCAACAGAAAGAAGAAGCCCAAGCUUCCUGUUCCCCCUGCCCCCAGUAUCUAUGACAACCUAAACUAGGGUAGUGCCAGUCUGCCCCCCCCCCCCCCCACACCGUACCCAGGAAGGUGACUGGAGGGUGACAUGGAAUUCUGAACCAAGCUUCAUCCAGACAAGUCAUGGUCUCAUACCUAACAGAGGUACAGAUGAUAACCCAUUAACUCACAUCCACUCACUCACACAUUAAUAUCAGCUCUGAUUAACCCAGGGGUUGUAACUUCUCUUUAUUCAUAAAUGGACACGGCACCCCUUCAUUUGAACGCAAUUCUUAGUUGUUAGUUGUUGGACAAUAUUUUGCAAUUCCAGUUAUAAAGAAACAUGGGUCAUUGAUUGUUCACUUUAAUUGUCUUUUUGUUAAUCAGUGAUUUAGGCUUCAGACAUGGACCAAUCACACUCCGCUUUUUUGCACUCUGAUCUGUUUUCUCCUGAAAACAUUGCUUUCUUUUUGACUCUGUCUCUGUUUAGGAGGAGACUUGUGGACUAAUUGCAUCACCUUACGACUACAGCUUUGUUAUUAAUGUGGUGGGGGAUGUCAGUGCCAUCUUGUUGUCUCACCAGUAUUGGGAUACUUGAUGGUGACUUUAUCCGUACUAGCAUUGUAUUGCACAGUGGUGUAUGUGUGGGUGUAUGAAUGUUUGUGUAAAGUUGACUGUUUUCCAUGUUGUGGGCCUGUGUGUGAUAUUUCAUUUGUUUUUAGAUUACUAUGCAUCUCUGAAUGUGCCAUUGUGGUUGAGUCAGUAUGUGUUAUUUUGAAUAUUUAACUUUUUUGGUUUACAUUGACUGUGUCAAGUGAGAAUGUGUAUUUAAUGUCUUCACUCAGUAAAUUGUAAAUGCAGAUGUUGACAUGUAUCAUGGAGUGAGCCAGUGUGUUUUUGUAUACCGAUACAUUUGGUAUGAUGACCUAUGUAAAAGAAUCAUGAUUUAAUUGGAUACUGUAUACAUACAUGGUAACCUCUCUACCAUACACAGCUUAAUGCUAAACAGUGCUUCUUCCCUGUCUAUCUUUACUGUUUCAUACUCAGUCUGAAGUUUCUACAACCUGCUUCUGCUGCAAAUCACAAUCUCACUUUAUACAAGUUGUAGAUCUCGCAUUGCUUCCUGUUGAAUAAUGCUAUAGUAUAGUCAACCUGCUUUUUUUUCUCAAUAAUACUCUAGGUCAAUCUGCAUCACUUGACUUGCUUUCAAAGUCUGUCUCUGCUUAUGUGCAGUGUCUAUGUGCUUGUAGGAAUUCAAAUCUGCUGCCACUUGCAACAGAAGUGCCAUGGCUGUUGCAUGGGAUAUUUCAGACUGUUAUUCUUGCCAUUUUCAGCUUUACUCUAGCUAACGAGUUAAGUUUGAUAUAUAUUGUUAUUCCUUCCUGUUUGAGAGGCCCACCAGACUAUACUUGCUAGGGAGAAUCUUAUAUACCCUGAGCUUUCAUUUAGAACAUUCAGCCAGUGAGUAAGUAUGACAUCACUUUAAUGUGCCCUACAAGAAUCAACCUUGAAGUGAAAAAACACCUAUUUUGGGUACGGCUCAUUUCAUUUGUCCCUCUUUACUGACAGGGUCAAGAACGGCCUGUAUUUCUAAUGCUGCGUAACUGUUUAUUUGUGUGUGUCUCUGAACAAUAUGACUGUGGACAAAUGACGCAAUAGAAAAAGUGUCUUCACAAAACCCAACUUUUUUCAUGCACGUGUGUGUGCAUGUGCAAAUAUGUCAAUUGUAUAUUAAUGUGAUGCACAGCUAGGUUUUCUUUAUAUCUCAGUUUCUCAUGUGUACAGAGGUUUCUUUGUCUGAGUAAAAUGAAGUGUCAUUCAGA